AUGGGUACUUCAAUGGCGGCUGGCACAAUGGCCAGACUCAAAACACGCAAUCCUUUUGUGCGCGCCAUAUUGCUUUCGCUCUUCUGUUCGGUGCUAGUUCUGUACACUGUCUAUACGCCAAACCCAGCAAUUGCAAACUUGGAAUCUUUUCAGCCAAAAGUCAAUCUUAGCAAUGUAACUCAUCGACAUUGGGACUGCUCUCUGAAAGCCGACCGUCUGCAGGCCUUACAAAAAAAAUACAAAUUGGGCGACGACAUUGAAUAUGGACGUCGUUAUGUUCGCUUCCAUCGACAGGAUAUCGACAGAUUAAGCGUUACCAAGAUGGACAGCGAACUAUUCCCAAAUGGCUUUGACGAGAUUAACAUCAAAACCCCCCCUUCAACAACCACAUGCCUCAAGCCAUUCGACGUCACGGUCCCUCGGUCACCGUAUCCAAGUACCGUGGAUGCUUCGAGUUUGCUAUUCGGAAUAUCGACCACUUACAAGCGACUGACAAACCCGGAAAUGCGACUUACCAGAGAAUGGGCACACUGGUUGACAAACAGUCAUGGAAAGUCUAACGGGGCAGGGCUGAUUCUGCGUCUGGUCGAUGCAUCUCCUGGGGAACUAGAGGAGGCCACGAAACAGAUGAAGUCAAUGGGCAUCGACGUGAAGGUGUAUGCGGCUGAUAGCAGUAUUGAAAUGGCCAAGCGUUAUCUUUCGUUGCUGCCGGAACUAUACAAUGAUAGCUCUCGAGAACAACGAAAAUUUCUUGUCAUGUGCGACGACGAUACCUUCUAUCCUUCCAUGCAUGCACUCCUCGAACGCUUGUCGCAGUAUGACCAUACCACAGAUCUUUAUCUGGGUACUUUAUCAGAAGAUAUAAACAACAUUCAACGUCAUGGAUCGCAAGCUUUUGGCGGCGCUGGUGUCUUUUUCUCUAUUCCACUUGCAGACAAAGUUGCAAAUCAUUUCGAGCAGUGCAGCAGCCCACAGAAAAUCAAGGAAGCAAAUACUGGGUGGGGUCCUCAAGGAGAUGUGCUUCUUCGUAUGUGUAUCUCCGAGCAUACCGAAAGCACGUUGACAAUGAUUCGGGAAUUGCAUCAGUUGGAUAUUAUGGGAGAUCCUGCAGGCUUCUACGAAGCUGGACUUCGCCCAUUGUCUCUUCAUCAUUUCAAGGGUGGAAUAUGGCACAAGGCAUCUGUGUAUGAAGGAGCUCAAGUCGCACACGCAUGUGGUGAGGACUGCUUCCUGCAAAGAUUCAGGACGGCCGACGAUUUUGUGAUUUCCAAUGGCUUCUCCGUUGCUUACUAUCCUAAGGGCAUCGACUUCAAUCUAUACCAGACCGAACGCACAUUUGGACCAGCACCUAACGACUAUGGAUGGAAUCUCGACUUCAUGAUGGGCCCGCAAAGGAAGAAUCUGCUUUGGACUGGACGAAAAGUAGCAUGGGAAUUGAAGGAGUCAAAAAUCGAGAAGGAUGGAUCAGUACGGCAAACGUACAUUCGAAAAGCGGACGAUUACAGAUGGAUCUAUGGACAGAAUGGACCGAAGAUGUUUGAGAAAGAUGGGGUUUUGGAAUUGAUCUGGACUUCAUGA